GUGAAGGCGACAUUCCCAGCCGGGCUAGCGACUCGAAUUUGGCGUUUUUAUUACUGCUUUGAGUUUAUUUUUUAAAGGUGCUUCCUGACAAACGCAACAUAAACAUAUAGCCUACAACAAAAAGUAAUCUCAUUGAUCGAAUUCGGAUUCUUUACCGAGCUACAGAAACAGGAGAGACAUGUUUUUGGUUAUAAACUUAUUAUUAAUGGCUGGUGUGUCAGGUGUAGAGCCGAGCAAAACUGUGAGCAUGUCAGUGACAGAAGGCGAUUCUGUCACUCUGCAAUCUGAUCUUUCGGAAAUAUUGAAUGAUGAUACAAUACUAUGGAUGUUUGGACGUAAAGACGCUCUCAUAUCUCAAAUCCGAAGAGAGGAUGACCUGACCUCAUUUUUGGUCACAGAUGAUGUAGGAUUCAGAGGCAGAUUGCAGGUAGAUCAAAACACCGGCUCUCUAACCAUCAGAAACACCAGAAUCAGACACUCCGGACAAUAUAAACUAUCCAUCUCUAGAGAAAAGACUACAAUCAAGAUAUUUUAUGUUACUGUCCUUGUUGUGGUUGGUAAGAUGGAUGGAGUCAACUCAGUGUCACUUUCAGUGAUGGAGGGAAAUUCUGUCACUCUACAUACUGAUGUUGAAAUACACCAAGAUGCUCUGAUGUUGUGGAGGUUUGGAAAUAAAGGCAUCCUCCUGGCUAAAAUUGACAUCGAGACCAAUGAGACCUCAGUAAACGUUGCUGAUGAGGGAUUCAGAGAUCGGCUCCAGGUGGGUCAGACUGGAUCUCUGACCAUCAAGAACACCAGAACUACAGACUCUGGACUUUAUGAGCUGCAGAUCAAAGGCAGCGAGAGCUUGCAGAGAUUCCUGGUUUCUGUAAGUGGUCUUUCUUCAAGGGUCAGAGCAGGAAUAGUUGUCGGUGUUAUUGUUCCUUUUCUGCUCAUCCUGGUUGCCUCUGUUAUGUACUAUCGCCACAGGAUUUAUAAAUUGAAGUAAAACAUGGUUAACCAUCUACUCCAAACUUGCUCUGAUUUUCUAUAUACUGUGUACACUGUAGUAUUUGUUUUUCCAUUGCAUUUAAAAUCAAACCACUGAUGUUCAUGCUCUUUGAAGUAAGCUUCAGAUUAGUGACAUUUUUGAUAUUCAGUGAAUUUAUAUAUAUUCUUAUCAGCACUGAAUCAGUUUAGUCCAUCAUUCCUGGUCUAAGUGUCUUUCAACUAUGACAUUAAAUAAGCUUUUCUGCUUUAAAUGUGUCACUAGCAUAAAUACAGUAGGUUUCUCCACUUAAUGUUAUUACUUAAUGUUACUUAAUGUUAACUCAUAUGCUGAGCAUAACAUUGAAUCUAUAAAAUUCAAA